UGGCUAUCAAAGCAUUAGCAGAUGUCUUCAUCUCCUUCCCUGGCCACAGAAGACUCUGUGACAUCAAAGAGGAGUUCUAUAGGAUUGCAGAUGGUCUGCAAUGCUGACUGUGUGAUCAGCAAUGUUGUGGCAAAAUGGCCUGGCUCAGUCCAUGACUCCAGAAUCUUUCGGGCCUCUGAAAUCUAUCAGUGCCUAUCACAAGGUGAAUUCUCUGGUGUGUUGCUGGGAGACAGGGGGUAUGGCUGCCAGCCUUUUCUCCUGACACCUUUCACAGACCCCCAGGAAGCACAGCAGGCCUACAACCAUGCCCAUGCCAGGACCAGGGCCAGAGUUGAAAUGACCUUUGGCCUCCUGAAGGCACGCUUUCACUGCCUUCACAAAUUAAGGGUCAGCCCUGUUAGGGCAUGUGAUAUUACUGUGGCUUGUGCUGUCCUCCACAAUGUGGCCUGCCUGAGGAAGGAGAGGGCCCCAGAGUGCCACCAGCCAUGGACUGGGACAAUCCGGCAAUCUUCCCUGAUGACGACAGUGGUCGGCUGCUGAGGGACCAAUAUGUGUUGAAUUAUUUUAGUUAGUAUGUGUGCUUUCAAUUUUGGUUAAAUAUGUCCUGCGGUGGCAGAGGAAUUUGGUUUUUUUGGGUUCGUUUUUUGACGAAUUUGGCCUCUUAUGAUGUUUGUGCGGUAUACUGUGUGUAAUACAAGGCUGCAGGGAGGCUACUGCAUCCAUUCAUUUGUCUGUUCAGUUGAUGUGUAUGGAUUUGUCCUGCAUUUAUUUUAGUGUGCAGACAUGCAGGGUGUGUUAUAUACAGACCUUUGAAUGUGUAUGUAUCAUUUUGUAUAAUAUGCUUGGAUUCUGUGCUUUCCAUCUUGUAGAGUCACUGUGACUUCAGUUUCGAAAGGAGCUGAUGGUUUACCUGCUUUGUUUUGUCCUUAUUCAAUAAAGGAACAUAAUGUUACACAUUGUGUUUUUAUAUUCA